UUUUCGUAUUUUACAGGUAAUCCCAACAACAAUGUGGAUGCGAGAAUUUAUCCUUGCCAUUCUGUUCGCAGCAGUGACGGCAGAGAUGACUUUGAAGGAAAUAAAGACUAUAUUAGAUGUAACAAUUCCUCCUUUGCAAAUAUGUACAGUGGAAAAGGAUGGACAACAAAAAUGCGUGGAUGCUAAGACAUAUUGCGAUUCCUGCAAAACGAUGAAGGAUGAAAGCAAGAAGAAUUGCUUAUCUUUUUGUGGGAAUGACAAAAAACAUAUUUGAUUAACGUGAC